AUGACGUCCCACGCCUUCAGUCUCGCCGACACGCCCGACCUGGCCGGCAGAGUCGCCGUGGUCACGGGCGGCUCCGCUGGCAUCGGCCGCGAGCUCUGCGCCCAGCUGCUUCUGCACGGCGCCGCCAAGAUAUAUGUCCUCGCCCGCUCCGAGUCCCGCUUCGCCGACGCCAGGGUCGAGUGGUCCGAAAAACACGCCCUGUCCGAUAGCGACCUGGCCCGCCGCGUCGACUUCAUUCGCUGCGACCUGACUGACGUGGACGCCGUGCAGCGCGCAGCCCGCCAAUUGUCGCAGCGCCUUGACCGGCUCGACGUCCUCAUCCUGAACGCCGCCCUUCCUCCGUCGGCCGACUAUCAGCUCUCUCCCCAAGGCGUCGAGAUUCAGUUCGCCGGCAACCACCUCGGCCACUUUGUCCUGACCAACCUGCUGUUUCCUCUCGUCGAAAAGACCGCGUCCGAGCGUGGCCAAGCCCGCAUCCUGACGGUUUCAUCCUCGCUACAUCUAGCGUGCCAGGAGCUUAGCCUGCCGCUGCUCACCUCCCCCACUCCUAUCAAGUCCCCUGCCGCCCUGGACAGCUUCUGGAGGUAUGCACGCUCCAAGCUUGCCAAUAUCCUAUUCACCCGUGAGCUAGCUCGCCGGAUUGACCACGUGGGACUUUCCAAUGUCUAUGUCAACUCGUUUUUCCCGGGAAAUAUCCCCACCGACGCCUGGGAUUCCUGGAAAGACUUGUUCGGCACCCUGGUCGGCACUACAGCCAAGGAUGUCUUCCAACAAGCCGGCCACACGCAUGAGGAUGCCGCAGCUACCGGCAUGUACCUGGCAACGAGCCCAGAUGUCGUAUCCAAGGGCGUGAAGGGGAAAUAUUUUGUCCCUGUCUCGCAAGAAGAGGAGACCAGCACUAUCUCAUAUGACAAGGACUUGCAAAAGAACCUUUGGUACUGGAGCGACAGCAAAGUGGCCGAGACACUGGGCAAAGGCUGGCAGAGCGCAUGA